CUACACUCAGGCCACCUUCCACUACCGGACGCUGCGGUGCGAACCCGAGGAGACGGUGCUGGAUGACAGCCGAGCGCGGGGCAAGCCCAUGGAGCUGAUCGCCGGAAAGAAGUUCAAGCUGCCUGUGUGGGAGGCGAUACUGCGCACCAUGCGGCCCGGCGAGCGCGCCCGCUUCCGCUGCGAGUCCAAGCACGUGGUGCUGUACCCUCUGGUGGCCAAGAGCCUGCGCAACAUCGCGGCGGGGAAGGACCCUCUGGAGGGGCAGCGGCACUGCUGCAGCAUCGCCCAGCUGCACGAGCACUACUCGCUGGGCUACCCCGACCUGGACGAGCUGCAAAAGAACCCCCAGCCCCUCAUCUUCGACAUCGAGGUGCUCAAGGUGGAGGAGCCUGGCUCCUACCAGCAGGACCCCUGGGCCAUGACGGAUGAGGAGAAGCUGCAGGCCGUGCCCCUGAUCCACCAGGAGGGCAAUGAGCUGUACCGGCAGGGCAAGGUGCAGGAGGCAGCCACCAAGUACUACGACGCCAUCGCCUGCCUCAAGAACCUGCAGAUGAAGGAGCAGCCCGGCUCUCCGGACUGGAUUGAGCUGGACCAGAAGAUCACCCCACUGCUAUUGAACUACUGCCAGUGCAAGCUGCAGAGUGAGGAGUACUACGAGGUGCUGGACCACUGCUCCUCCAUCCUCAACAAGUACGAGGACAACGUCAAAGCCUACUUCAAGCGGGGCAAGGCUCACGCGGCCGUGUGGAAUGUGGCCGAGGCGCAGGCUGACUUCGCCAAGGUGCUGGCACUGGACCCCUCACUGCGCCCUGUGGUCAGCAAGGAGCUGCGCAGCCUGGAGGUGCGCCUGCGCCAGAAGGAUGCAGAGGACAAGAUCCGCUUCAAGGGCAUCUUCUCCCAGUAGAGCCCGCCAUGCUCUCCGGGCCAAUUCUGUUAGAUAUUCCACAUGUGGAAUGGUUUUCCAUGUUUAUUAAUGUUUAAUACAACGUUUAUUGGAAGUCAGCGGAAGGCGCGUGGGAUUUCGGCGCGGCGCAGAAGGCGCGGUGUUGAGUGCUGGGCCGUUGGCUGGCAACAGAAGCAUGGAUCUCCUCACUGAGCCCCAGACUGCGCCCCACGGCACAACGGUGGGGAACCCAGUGGAGGAAAUGAGCCCAGGCCAACGCUCUUCCACGCUGCUUUUUAUUCCCUGUUUGGUUUUUAUCCUUUCUGUUGGGCCAAGCUGUGCUGCGUGGGUCUAGGGGAGCCCAUUAAUGACUGACUGCAAGAGCUCCAGUGCCAAGGCUGUACCCCAUCCCUUCCCUUCCAUGCCACAUCCUGCACUGCCACUUCGCAAGGCUGCCGCUGCCAGCUUGCAGCUGCGUUUCCUCUGUACUGCACCACAACAGAGCUGUAAACUUUUUAUCUGAACUACUGGUUUCCACUGCGUAUAUAAAGCCAUGAUCAUGCUAUACCGAGAUAAACACAAGUAAAACUCAUCAUAGAAAGA